AUUGUAUCUUGCCGUAUUUACGGUAGUGGUUAGUGAAUGCGGAAACGAACAGACCUAUUUCAUGCGAGUUACGCUAUAGCCUACCACGUGCAUUUAAAAAAUAGGAUAUUUACAUUUAUAAAUCGACACACACGGACGACGAAGUCUGGUGGAAGAUGAGGAAAUGUCGGCGGUAAAAAGAAGCAACGCUGCGCCGGAGAAAUGUGAUAAAAUUCCGAGUACGCACAACUCUCCUCAGAUGCAUCCUCCAUGGGAGGAUCAAGUCACAUCCGGGCAUUUUGACCGUGCUUUGCGAGAAGCGGACUUUGAAUUGGUCCAUGUAGGCCUACACAAAGAGAGAUAUGAGCCAGCUGGCCGUCCCAGUCACUCUGAAUGACGUCCCUCCGGCCAUCGCCGAGAUGCUGAAUGAUGAGGAUUGCUGGGAGUUCAACAUCCUGGAGCUGGAGGCUGCUCCACACAAGAGGACACUUCAACAUGGAACAUCUGCCACAUACUAGUGAUGAAUCGGACACGGCGACUCAAGAUGUUCCAGAGAUGCAAGCAGGUCCGACCGUCUUUUUAGAAGACCUAUCUGCUAGAUUCUUAUCUGAGGCAGCGGAGCGAACAGAGAUUUUCAAGAGGAAGACAAAAAGAAAACAUUUGUCGAAUUUUUUCGAGUCAGAUGGCUUUGACUUCAAUGCCAAUGCGCUCUCUGCACAGCCUACUACCAAAUCAAACAGGUCGAUGAGAGCGCACUCAUCAACGAAUCCGGCUUCAUUGGGAAAUAGAGACUUUUGUCAAGCACCAUGGCAAAGUGGUGAUGCCAAUCAGUCAAAGGACAAGGCUGUUUCUACACAGAGACCGAGAACUGACGCCAACUCUCAGAGGCCCUCAUCAAUUAAUCCAUCAACAUCUACACUGGACAAUAGUAGGGAACGACGCCGCUCUCGCCGCUGUCAUGUUGAUGCCAAUCAGUCAAAGUACAAGGCUGUUUCUACACAGAGACCGAGAACUGACGCCAACUCUGACAGGCCCUCAACAAGCAAUCAGUCUCCAGCUAUACUGAGCAAUCGUCGUGAAAGGCGACGCCUUCAUGUUGCUCCACCUGUGUCUGAUGCAACCCCGUCUACAGACACGCUGGCCGUCACAGAGUCACCCGUUGCUGAUUCUGCCGUUCAGUCUUCAAAAGAGUUGAAGGCUAUGGUUCACAUCCUACCUCCCAGGAAUGUAUUCGUGGGUAACAUAAACGCUGUCCAUGAUGCUGUGAGAUAUGCAAACGAGUCCCAGGGCCACGGCAGUCGAGAUACAUUUGAGCAACCCACACAAGCUGCCCCUGCUACUACAGCCCUAGCCGGAGAGAGGUCAACCGUUGUGAUUAAUUUCACAAGCAACACCGCAGAUAACCAACUCUGUGAUAAGGGCGACGAUGGGGCUGCAUUUGAUGAUGACAUAAACAAUUUCUUCAGUGGAGGUGAUUACUGCCCUACAUUGGAUCCACAUGCUUUGUCUGGGCUCAACUCUGCCACUGCUGGAACUCAGUCUCUCUUCAGGGUGGGACCCACACAAGUUGAACCUGGUAUAGGGCCAUACAUUCUGAAUGCCAUAAGACAUGAUCAAAUGGAGUCCUCUCAUAUCGUAUCCCCUCAGCAACUUGCCAUCGGGUGUCAAUUGUCUCAAGCGCACCAACAAAAUCACAAUAACAGCAUGGACAACCUCCCGUCACAGCAUCAGUCAGUUCUCGCCCCAUUGCAAUCUCAGGAAGGCUCCUAUCAAGCACUCGAGUUCACAGCUGAUCAGCUGAGGGCUCUGGUGAAACAAUCAAUCCUAUGUUCCAACUACCUGUCCAAUGUGCAUGCGGCUGUGUGA